AUGGACACUGCCGUCAGGAAUGAAGUCGCCUCGAAGGAAGUUCGCCGCUCAUUUUUUGAGGAUCUGAGGCGAAAGGUAGGGUAAAACUGUUUUUUUUUUGAGGAGAAACAUGAAGUUUUGGGCUAAAAGAAAAGCUUUAUAUUAUACCCAAAAAAUGCAUAGAAUUUUUUGGGGGUAAGCGAAAAAAUAUCGUCCAAGACACUUUUUGAAUUUGUCUUCUGGAAGAGUUAGUGCCUAAACUUACCUUUUUUUGUAUGAUUUAUGACAAAAUUUUGAUGAAUUUGGAUUUAAAAUCAUUUUUUUAAGUAAAUUUUUUACCCUGACCACGCUAUUAAUUUAAUUUUGAAGUUGUAAAGCCUAAUAUAUGAAUUUCGUCCAAAAUUUUUUACUUACUUUACCCUUCCAGAUGUUCCAAUGGCCAAUUCGCGAAGCUCAAUGUGAAUACACCAGUCUGCAGAAUAUCCCCCGCGCCAAUUUCGACAAGCUCAAAGAGGUCUUCCACGCCUAUGCAUCGGUGGAAAAGAAUGGAAAAAAGCAUAUGACGGACACGGAUUUCAUCCGAAGAUAUCUGGGCUUGUAUACGGAGGAUAAUUACAACAAAGAAACCGUCCGAUUGCUCGCCAGUGCCGCCGAUACGUCCAAGGAUGGCCUAAUCUCGUUCGAGGAGUUCUGCGCCUUCGAGGCAACUCUUUGUGCGUAAGUUUUUUGGAGUUUUAUAUUGGUUUAGUUAACGAGGGGGACGUUUUGUAAAAAAAUUGGGAUUGAUGGCUAAAGUAGAGGUGGCAAUCGGGCCGGCCCAGGGCUUUUUCAAAUUUGCUCAGGCCCGGCCCGAUGAAAGCCCAGGCCGGCCCGGCCCGGUUUGGCCCGCUAAUACAGAAAAGUUGGAUAAAAGUCUUUGCACUUUCUACUGGAAGUUCUUAUGCUUUCCAGAAGGUUUUUACGUGUGUCUACGCGAAAUUAAAAAGUCUAGUCGGAUGACUGGAACAUCCGUACAGGUAGCUAAAACCUAGCCAAAAAGUUGGAUUAUGUUGAAUUUUUUAAUACUACAGGAAGUUAGCUAUAUAAAGGUAUGGACGUUAUAAGGUACAUGGUUAACAAAAAACUGUUUAAACACUUUCAUUUACAUCAAGGAAUCAAAAUUACAGUGAAAUUUUUAAAUUUAUCAUAAAAAAAUUCGAAGAUUUUUGCCUGACCCUUGCAUAUUUGGGUGGGAUUUUACAUAUACAUAAUAAGUUACAUAUAUAUAUACAUAAUUUUAAAAGGUAGUAAGACAGCGUGUAAGUCAAAAAAAGGUUUAAUCUAAUUUCCAUCCAUUCUACAAAGCAUUUGUGCUUUAUUUUGCUGGUUAGCAUUAAAAAUUUUUUACUUAUCUACCUUCCGGGCAGGGCCGGGCCGAAAGUGUCGGCCCGGCCCGCGGGCCGAAGCGGUCAGGCCGGCCCAGGGCUUUUUCAAAUCUGCUCAGGCCCGGCCCGGCCCAGCCCGAUUGCCACCUCUAGGCUAAAGUGAUAUGAAGUGGAUGAGGAAAAGCUUGUAUAAGAUGUGAAUGUUUACAGUAGUAAUUAUUAUCCAGAAUCAGAGGAAAUUUUGCCUGAUUUUUUUCGGAUUUGAGGCAUCUUACCUUGUUUUAGAUCUUAAAAAAUUAAGAAUUGGAUAAAAUUGGUAAUGAAAUUGCGAACAAGUAAAAUAUAUGACGUAUUAAUAAAACAUGGUCUAAACUAUAUGAAUUUCAGUCCCGACGCCCUGUACCUAACGGCCUUUGACAUCUUUGACAACAAUGCCAACGAGUCCAUCAAUGCCGAAGAAUUCGAAAAAGUCAUCAGACACACCACUCCCCUCCAGGAAAUGGACUUCGACUUUAACAGCGAGUUCAUCAAGAAGUAUUUUGGAGCGUGAGUUGAACUUUAUUUUGAGUUAUUUUUGAAAAGUUUAGGAUUUUUUUUGGGUUGAAGUCAAGAGUAAUAUAAAAUUGAUGGUAUUGUAUAAAAAUAAUGGAUUGUUUUUAGAAACAAGAAGCGUCAGAUUGGAUACCAUGCAUUCUGUCAAUUGCUCCAUGAUUUCUACGAAGAACAAGGUCUUCAAGCCUUCAAAAAGUAAGUUUUGGCCGAUUUUUUUUUGGGUUUUGAUAGGCGUUUUUACUAAAUUUUUAUUUUUUUAGAUUUGACAAAUCCGGCGAUGGCAGCAUCUCUGCCUCCGAUUUCUACACCAUCAUGACCUCAGUAAAGUCCCAUUUACUCACCGAAUUCGUCAGAAACAACUUGAUUUCGAUCGCCGGCGGCAAUUCCAGCGCCCAUUCGGUCCGUUUCCCCUUUUAUCAGGCCAUGAAUUCGCUCCUGAACAAGAUCGAGCUCAUCAAACGCGUCUACAUUUCGAUUGCUCGUGGAAAUUUGGACCUAAAAGUGACGAAGGAGGAGUUCCUUCAGGCCGCACAAUGCUACGCACAGAUCACUCCGUAUGAAGUGGAGAUCCUUUUCCAUAUCGCGGAAAUGGCCCAUCCCGGCACCAGAGUGGUCGGCAUGGAAGAUCUGGAAAGAAUCGACCCGGACAGGCUCAAGAGAGUCACUUAUAUGACGAGGCUCACCAAUUUCAAAGCAGUCCACACCAAGGAAGAAAGGGGUCUCGGAACCGCGAUUUUGGAAAGCGCCUACAGAUUCACGUUGGGGUCGGUGGCCGGCGCAUGCGGAGCGACCGCAGUGUACCCAAUCGACUUGGUCAAAACUAGAAUGCAGAAUCAGAGAACCGGCAGUGUGAUCGGGGAGGUCAUGUACAAGAAUAGUUGGGAUUGCUUCAAAAAAGUCGUCAAGUUUGAAGGUAAGGAGGGGGUCAAUGAAGGAAAUUUUAUUAUUAGUAUUAUUAAUUAUAAAUUUGGGGCUUUUCUCGCAAUUUUUACGCUAGUAACCACACUAAAUUUCUUGACCAUCAAGUUAUAUAUUGUGUUAGAUGGACCUGAAAUUUUUCGGGGUUCAGGCAUAAAAUGAUAUUUUUCUAGGUGUCCUCGGUCUCUACCGUGGUCUUCUCCCUCAAAUCAUUGGCGUCGCCCCAGAAAAGGCCAUAAAAUUGACGAUGAAUGACUUGGUCCGUGAUAAACUAUCGAAGGACGGAAGAAUCCCGCUUUGGGGAGAAAUCCUGGCCGGUGGAUGUGCCGGAGCUUCUCAAGUCGUCUUCACAAAUCCAUUGGAGAUUGUGAAAAUUCGAUUGCAAGUUGCGGGAGAGAUUCAAGGAGGCCAUGUAAGUUGAUUUUACAUUUUAUUGUAUUUGAUCUAGGGUAGUAUCCAAAUUUUGUCCGGAAUAUAAGGUAUAUAUGAAAGUUUAUGUAUGCUUUUCUUUCAGAAGAUUGGAGUGUUCCAUGUGAUCAAAGAGCUCGGCUUGUUAGGUCUGUAUCGAGGAGCGAGGGCCUGUUUCCUCCGAGAUAUCCCCUUCUCCGCCAUUUAUUUCCCCGUCUACGCGCAUGCCAAGAAGAACACCGCCGAUGAGCGAGGUCUCAACGGCCCAGGAUCGCUUUUCUGCUCUGCGUUCAUUGCCGGUGUCCCAGCCGCAGCUCUAGUGACCCCGGCCGAUGUGAUCAAAACAAGACUUCAAGUGGCAGCAAGGGCUGGUCAAACUACGUAUGAUGGAGUCUUUGAUUGCUUCAGAAAGGUGAGGAGUGGAGGAUAGAUGUAGCUGGAAAUUAUUUGAGGGAAUUGUGGGAGGUUUUAGAGGAAAUUGGACGUUUGAGGGCAUUUUUUGGAUUUUUUUGAGAUGAUAUUGUAGUAUAAGAUGUUUUGGGCUAUGACUCAAAAUCUGGCUGGUUGAAUUCGAUGAAACAUCGAAGAGAUUCAGAUUAGAGGCUUCUAAGGAGCGGGUGAAAGUUUAAAAGUUUUCGAAAAAUUGUUUGGAAAUUUUGAUGGGUUUUUGGAAGUAAGUAAAUCGAAUUUUUGGCAAAGUAUUCCCUAAUAAUCUUUGUUUUGGCUUAUAUAUUUUAGUGUUUCAUCGUUUUAUUAACUUUCUUAAUUAUAAAUAUUUUUAGGUAACGAAAGAAGAAGGUCAUUCGGCCCUCUGGAAGGGCACCGCGGCCCGUGUCUGCCGUUCCUCCCCUCAAUUCGCAGUCACUCUCCUCACCUACGAACUGCUCCAACGACUAUUCUACGUUGAUUUCGGAGGUACCCGUCCCGCCGGAUCCGAGGUCUCGGCCCCUCAAAGUGUUGUGGACCGGGCCUCGGUGAACCCUGAUCAUGUUGGAGGCUACAGACUCGCGGCAGCCACUUUCAGUGGCAUCGAACACAAAUUCGGACUCUUCCUCCCGAAAUUUGAGGUCACCAAGAAAUAA